AGAGGGAGGAGGAGAGAGAGACUCUUGGAGGAGAGCGGGAUCGGGGUGAGGAGAGCAGAGGAGAAGGGAAAGCCGCUCCCGCAGAAGGGCCUGGAGAGGAGUGCGGGGAGCGGGACCGCUCGCAGGCAUCCGACCCGUAGGAGGCAUCGGUGGAGGGCCAAGGGCAGUGCCCGGGGCCAGGGGACAAAGAGGCGGUGGGCGCAGAGCGAGAGGGACCUGGCGCUGGCCCAUGGAGGCGGUGUCACUUGCACCGUGAAAAUGGUCUUUGUCCAAGUUUCCUGAUGCCGGGAGAGCGGCCGGCAUGGCUGUAGCGGGCAGGGCUCCUGCGAGAACUACAUGAGCCAUGCUGGGAAGUGGAGGGGGUGAUGCUGGAGCCCUGCAGAAGGUAGAAGUGCAUUGCAAGGACUUGUGCAGAGUUGUACUGAGAGAAGUGUCCUGAGAACUUGCAUUAAAAUUCAUGAGAGCACAGUGAAACCAUAACCAUGGCCAUAGCUGCAAAGGCACCUCAGUGGUGAAGGAGCAAUUGUAGGAGAACUGGGGGCAAAGGAGGAGUAUUUCUGUGUGAAGGACUCUGUGCUUUGAUUUGGGAAGAUAUUAAAACACCCCAAGAAAUCUCUGGCCACUUCAAGUCAGUGGUGUGUGGUUUUUGGAGAUGGUGGUAUCUACACAGAGUUUUCAUGGAUUCUAAUGCUGGCAUCGGCUCAAGAAGAGUGGUGGGAAUGGGUUCACUCUGGAUGGUCUGCUGCUUUCAUCUAGUAACCUCACUAGAAGAAAUUCUUCUGGAUACAACUAGAGAGACCUCAGAGAUCGGCUGGACCACACACCCAUCUGAUGGGUGGGAUGAGGUAAGUGUCUGGGAUGACAAGGAGCGCCUGAUCCGCACCUUUCAAGUCUGUAACGUGGCUGAACCUGGUCAGAAUAACUGGUUGCGUACUCACUUCAUAGAGCGUCGAGGAGCCCACCGAGUCCACGUCCGCCUCCGUUUCUCAGUGAGAGACUGUGCCAGUAUGCGCACUGUGGCUUCCUCUUGCAAAGAGACUUUCACACUCUAUUACCAUCAAUCAGAGGCUGACACAGCUUCUCAGGACCUGCCAGAGUGGCGUGAGGGCCCCUGGACCAAAGUGGAUACUAUUGCAGCUGAUGAAAGCUUUUCACAGGUGGACAGCACUGGGAAGGUGGUAAAGAUGAAUGUUAAAGUGCGUAGCUUUGGGCCACUCACCAAGCAUGGAUUCUACCUGGCCUUCCAGGACUCGGGAGCCUGCAUGUCCCUGGUGGCAGUCCAAGUCUUUUUCUACAAGUGCCCAGCUGUGGUGAAAGGAUUUGCUUCCUUCCCUGAAACGUUUGCUGGAGGAGAGAGGACCUCGUUGGUGGAGUCCCCAGGAACGUGUGUACCAAAUGCUGAGGAGACAAGCAUGACUGGGUCUAUGGGUGUUCGGCUGCACUGCAAUGGGGAAGGCGAGUGGAUGGUGGCCAUUGGACGAUGCACCUGCAAGGCUGGCUACCAGCCUGUUGACGAUGAACGAGCCUGCCAAGCCUGUCCCCUUGGCUUCUUCAAAGUAUCUGUGGGAGACGACCCCUGCCAUCAAUGCCCUGACCACAGCCACGCUCCACUACCAGGUUCCAGUGAAUGUGUGUGUCAGAACCGUUACUAUCGAUCUGCUUCAGACAAUUCUGAUGCUCCCUGCACUGGCAUCCCCUCUGCUCCUCGUGACCUUAGCUAUGAAAUUGUUGGCUCCAGUGUGCUCCUGACCUGGCGUCUCCCGAAGGACUUGGGUGGCCGCAAGGAUGUUUUCUUCAAUGUCAUCUGUAAAGUGUGCCCAACAGGGUCCUCGGGGCCGUGCUUACGAUGUGCAGACAACAUACAGUUUGAACCACGUCAAGCAGGCUUGACAGAGAGUCGUGUGCAAGUUUCCAACCUCUUGGCUCGUGUGCAGUACACCUUUGAGAUCCAGGCUGUCAACUUGGUGACUGAAUUGAGUUCAGAAGCACCCCACUAUGCCACCAUCAAUGUCAGCACCAGCCAGUCAGUCCCCUCUGCUGUCCCUAUGAUGCAUCAGGUGAGUCGUACUACCAAUAGCAUCACACUGUCGUGGCCUCAGCCGGACCAGCCCAAUGGGAUCAUCCUGGAUUACCAGCUACGCUACUUUGACAAGGCAGAAGAUGAGGAUAAUUCAUUCACCCUGACUAGUGAAACCAACAUGGCCACCAUAUCAAAUCUGAGCCCAGGAAAGAUAUACGCCUUCCAAGUACGAGCUAGAACAGCAGUGGGCUAUGGGCCAUACAGUGGAAAGAUGUAUUUCCAGACAUUAAUGGGAGGAGAGCGCUCGGAGAUGGUCCAGGACCGACUGCCGCUUAUCGUGGGCUCAGCACUUGGUGGUCUAGCCUUCUUGGUAAUUGCUGCCAUUGCCAUCCUUGCCAUCAUCUUCAAGAGUAAAAGGCGAGAGACUCCAUACACAGACCGCCUGCAGCAGUAUAUCAGCGCACGAGGACUUGGAGUGAAGUAUUACAUUGAUCCUUCAACCUAUGAAGAUCCCAAUGAAGCUAUUCGAGAAUUUGCAAAGGAGAUUGACGUGUCCUUUAUCAAGAUUGAGGAGGUCAUUGGAUCAGGAGAGUUUGGAGAAGUGUGCUUUGGGCGCCUAAAACACCCAGGGAAGCGUGAAUACACAGUAGCUAUUAAGACCCUGAAGUCGGGUUACACGGAAGAACAGCGAAGGGAGUUCCUGAGUGAGGCGAGCAUCAUGGGGCAGUUUGAGCACCCCAAUGUCAUCCAUCUGGAGGGGGUGGUCACCAAAAGCCGACCAGUCAUGAUUGUCACAGAGUUCAUGGAGAAUGGAUCACUGGAUUCCUUCCUCAGGCAGAAGGAGGGCCAGUUCAGUGUGUUACAGCUGGUGGGAAUGCUACGGGGAAUUGCAGCUGGCAUGCGCUACCUUUCAGACAUGAAUUAUGUGCAUCGUGACCUGGCAGCACGUAACAUCUUAGUCAACAGUAACCUCGUGUGCAAGGUGUCAGACUUUGGUUUGUCCCGCUUCCUGGAGGAUGAUGCUUCAAAUCCCACCUAUACUGGAGGUCUGGGCUGCAAAAUCCCCAUCCGCUGGACUGCUCCUGAAGCUGUCCAGUAUCGAAAGUUCACCUCCUCCAGUGAUGUUUGGAGCUAUGGCAUUGUCAUGUGGGAGGUGAUGUCGUAUGGUGAGAGGCCUUACUGGGACAUGUCCAAUCAGGAUGUGAUUAAUGCCAUUGACCAGGACUAUCGCCUGCCACCACCCCCAGACUGCCCAACGAUUUUACACCUGCUGAUGCUUGACUGCUGGCAGAAGGAGCGGGUCCAGAGACCCAAAUUUGAGCAACUCGUCAGUGCCCUAGAUAAAAUGAUCCGCAAACCAUCUGCCCUCAAAGCUACUGGUGCUGGGAGCAGCAGACCAUCUCAGCCUCUCCUGAGCAACAGUCCUCCAGAUUUCCCUUCGCUCAGCAAUGUCCACGAGUGGUUGGAUGCUAUCAAGAUGGGACGUUAUAAGGAGAAUUUUGACCAGGCUGGUCUGAUUACAUUCGAUGUUAUAUCCCGCAUGACUCUGGAAGAUAUCCAGCGUAUUGGCAUCACCCUCGUUGGUCACCAGAAGAAGAUUCUAAACAGCAUCCAGCUCAUGCGAGUCCAUUUGAAUCAGCUUGAACCAGUUGAAGUGUGAUGUUUACACCAUCCUUAUUCCACUAGUGUCAAGCUCUGGAAAGGUUCUGGGGGAAUUCAGAGGGAUUUUCUCUGUAAGAAAGAGUUGUCAGUAUGCUACUUGAAGACUUAAUGCACCCAGAGUGCACGUUAUAUGUCCUGUUCCAUGAACAAAAACGAAGCCUUACCACGAUUUGAAAGCAGAGCUAAAUAACUGUGGCCUUUAAAUGUGGCUGGGAAUGGGUUGGUGGGGGGGAAAGUUACAAUAACAAUGCCUCUUCUCUGCCAACAAAAGCUAUCAGACAACUUUACAAAGCCAUCAGGAGGCUUUAUCUGUGGCUGGGAGCCCAGCAAGGCUACAAAGACAUAAUAAAGGCAACAAAAUGUUACCAUUU